AUGCUGCGAUCAAUCUUCUUGUUGGUAGCCGCUCUUGUAGUAGUAGUACUUCCUUCCGAGGCGUUACAACUUGCGCCACUGCUUUCCACUUGCGUCGAUGCUUGCCAACGAGGUUGUGUGGAAAUAAGAAAGGUCCAGCGAGACCGAAUCAACAACAUUUAUGGCGGCGAAGAUUCUGUAGGCCUUGAAUACAAGGACGAUGAAGAUUCACGAUCUGCCUUGACCCGAGCUGAUCUCGCAGCACAAGAGGCCAUUAUCGGUUCCUUACGAGCACAAUGGGGCGCCGAAUUGAACAUCGUCGGUGAAGAAGACGGAAACGAGCAACUAGAACAGGAAAACAAGGGACAGUAUGAACCACUCAAGCUAGAUAUGUUUGAAGAUGAUAUUGGGGAAACACCUGAACUAGAUCCUUCGGCUGUGACUAUUUUUGUUGAUCCGUUGGAUGGGACUCGUGAAUUUGUGGAAGGUCGGCUUGAAAACUGUCAGGUACUAGUUGGAAUCGCCAUUGAUGGGGAGGCAGUAGCAGGUGCCAUUGGACUACCCUUUCCCACUGGUCAAUUAGAAGGUGACAACGAUGACGAGGAGAACGAAUCGACAAUCAUUUACGGAUUGGCGGACAUUGGAACAGGAACCAUUGGAAAGACUCUUACUCGGGGACCUUUUCCAUUAAAUAAGUACGUGAAUGCCCUCAAAUAUCCACCCCCGCACUAUGCCACAGGCGAUUCACCGGUACCAGUCAUGAGGGAGAGUGUUGAAGGCAUCAUAGGUCGAUAUGGAGGAUCCAACGUGGUCUAUGGAGGUGCUGGAAAUAAAAUCUUGGGAGCAGCGCUGGGAGAAGUCGCCUGUAGUAUCCAACACAAGUACGGCGGCCCUUGGGACUUGUGUGCGCCGGAAGCCAUCCUGAAAGCAAUGGGUGGAAGGCUUACCGAUCUGUUUGGAAAAGAUAUUGAUAUUUAUCGAAAGGAUGCUCCUUCCAACUGCAAUGAACGUGGGUACAUUGCGACAGGUUCAGGUUCGGAUCAUGAUGCACUCGUAGAGGCGCUUUCAGAGAUGUCAAUCAUUCAAGACUAUAAAGAAAAAGUACAGAAAGAAGAAACUGAGGGCAAGGUACUAGUUCAAAGCACAGAGUAA